CCCUUUAGAAAUGUCACUCGGUUCUCGGUUAAUUCAGUUAAUUGAAUUAUGUUUUGAAAUUGUUUUCUUUUGUAAUGGUUUUCAAAUAGAUUUAAUUAAUUUCGUACAACGCGGAAUAAGUUGUAAAUUGUGCAGUGCGUCAGCAAUUUCCUACACAUUGAUAUUAUUGAUAAUGAGUUCCCCAGAGAUGCAUCACAUAAAAAUAAAUCGAAAUAAUUUUCGUAAGAAAAUCGUCAUAUAAAACCGGCGAUCACAUAAUAUUACUUUUAUUGUUUAACAGAAAACAAUUAUUGAAAUAGGGUCAAUUCGAUAGAGUGCAAUUUCAGAAUCAUCGAAAUAUAUUUACAGCUAAUCAUGUCUUUUCGCAGUUUAGGAAAAUUAUUUAAAACAAAAAAGACUGAUAAACAGGAAAGCAAAGAAAUCUCAUUGCCCACAGAAGGCUUCCACAAGAGUAUUCAGAUGUUGCUGGCUUACUCGGGGCAACAUCUCACCGAAGCUGGCUCGGAAACCAGGGAAGUGUUAUUGGACAGCCCGUCCCGCUGUGGUCUUUACAGUGUGGCGGUUAUCCGCUGCCUGGGCCGAAGCCAUGGCUUCGCGGGCUCAGACUCCUUUGAAGACCUAGAGAUAGACAAGAUUGUUGAUGUUUUCAUCGACCUAUUGAGCAACAUACAAGCCAUAGGCGCAGAAGAGUUGGAUUCCCGAGCUAGUCCAUUUGACGAACAGAUGGCGCUGGCCUGCCUCGCCAAACUAGACGUUGUCGUGGCCACCAACCGCGGCCAUUUGGCGCUCAGCAAGUUAACCUGGGCGGACUUUCUGCUGGCCGGCAUGUGGGAGCACGUGCGGCAGGCGCUGGAACUGUCUAGCGACCAGUUUGCCCACAUCGAGCUGCUGGUGCAGCAGUUGACUGCGGUGCCAACUGUGAAGACUGCUUUAGAACGAACGCAUGACAGUACUUAGGCGUUUUGUUGUUUCUAAACGAAUCUUGUUUUUUUAUUAUUAAGGUGGGCAUACACAUCUGGAUUCAGAGUUUUAAUGUCUAUUGCUCGUUAAUUCAUUUUUUUUCGUAAAUUAUAGUGAUCUCAUUAGCUUAUUAUCAAGUCAGAAAAAUGAUUUUCUUUUCAGAGUUAUGUUAGUAAAAAAAAAAGUCAAUUGUAAUAUGUAAUCAUUUCAACACCUGUUACUCAUGUGUAAUCACUUUUACAGUACAUCUGGGGCUCCAUUGCGACACCCUGUGCUAUAAUAAGCACAUUACGUAACUAGGUCGAAAAUUUAAAGGGCCUUUGGGCCAUAUGUACUGUAAAACGUUGUACAUAAUUAUU